GGCUGGCAGGGCCGCGGAACCACACGUCUAGACGGGGUAACGGACAGCCUUUCAGACAUGGGCUACAUCGCCCUAAGAGGAAGGAGACGCAUUUGAACUGUGUAGCUACAACCUGGGCUCGGUGUGGUGUUUGUGGACGCUCAUAUGCCGGAGUUAUUUAAUGUUUAAAAUGUGGGAGAUGGUGGCGUUACCGAGAGCGAGCUCUCCCUUCCUGUCGUCUAGGACAAGAUGGCAGCAGUGCAGGCGAACUGUGCAUGGUAUGGAUUUAUAAGUCCAUAACAUGUUCAGAGAAGCCCUGGAUUAUACUUAUAGUGACUCUAUGUGAAGGUAUGGCCUCACAAGUCUUGGUCUACCCACCACACAUUUAUCAAACCCAGACAAGUGCCUUUAGCAGUGUGAAGAAACUAAAAGUUGAGCCCAGCAGCUGUGUGUACCAUGAGAGGGCACACCCGCGGACUUAUCUGAACAGCAGAACCCUUGGCAUUGUGCACCCAACAAAACAAGCCCGCUCGUUUGUGAACCGAGACUUCGCAGUGGGCGUGAAAGUGCGUGGAGGACAAGAGUACCCGGUGCAGACGGUGGUGGUGCGUGGCGUACAGAGACAGCAGCCCAGUAAAAGAGGAGGAGGACCAGGCCCAGCUGCGGCCCAGCAGCGGCAGGACGCAGGGGUUGUCCAGUCACAGGGCAAGGAGCAGCAGCAGACAGACACAGCAAGUGGGGGCAGCAGUGGAGCAACAAGGGCAGGAGGAGGGGGAAGGGGAGAGGGCUGCAGUGGAGGAGGUGAGGGAGGCGGAGAAGAGGAAGGUGACAGAGAAGAGAACUGUGGAGGUUUGAACUCAGCUGACAGCUCUCAGCGAUGUGGGUUGAAACGUAAAAGUGAGGAGCUGGAUAACCGAGGGAGCACCAUGCAGAUUGUGGAGGAACUGUCAAUGUUGCCUGCCAUGUUGCAAACAACGAAUGUGGGGAACGCAGCCGUGACUGCGCCUGCAGCCGUGGGGGCUGGAGGGGGCCCCUCUAAACAGGGUGCAGGGCCUGGGGGUGUAGGUGCAGCAGGAGGGACAGGAGGAGGGGAUGGGGACUAUCAGGUAGUACAGCAUGAAGUCCUGUGUUCCAUGAAGAAUACUUAUGAAGUGCUGGAUUUCUUGGGACGUGGCACAUUCGGCCAGGUUGUAAAGUGCUGGAAAAGGGGCACAGGUGAGGUAGUAGCUGUGAAGAUCCUGAAGAACCACCCUUCAUAUGCACGGCAGGGUCAAAUCGAAGUCGGCAUCCUUGCUCGUCUGAGCGGGGAGAAUGCAGAUGAGCACAACCUGGUGCGAGCCUUUGAAUGCUUCCAGCACCGCAGCCACACCUGCUUGGUGUUUGAGAUGCUUGAGCAGAACCUGUACGAUUUCCUGAAGCAGAAUAAGUUCAGCCCCCUGCCCCUGAAAGUGAUCAGACCUGUGUUACAGCAGGUAGCUACAGCUCUGAAAAAGCUGAAGAGCAUGGGUCUGAUUCAUGCAGACCUCAAGCCUGAGAACAUAAUGCUGGUGGACCCAGUGAGGCAACCCUACAGGGUGAAGGUGAUAGACUUUGGCUCCGCCAGUCACGUGUCCAAAGCAGUGUGCUCCACUUACCUCCAGUCUCGGUACUAUAGGGCUCCAGAGAUUAUUUUGGGAUUGCCGUUUUGUGAAGCCAUAGACAUGUGGUCCCUAGGCUGUGUGAUCGCUGAACUUUUCCUGGGCUGGCCCCUUUACCCUGGGGCCUUGGAGUACGACCAGAUUCGCUACAUUUCUCAGACACAAGGUUUGCCAGGAGAACAUUUAUUGAAUGCGGGGACGAAGACAGCGCGGUUCUUUUGCAGAGAGUCCGACUCACCUUAUGCAGCAUGGAGACUAAAGUCAACAGAUGAACACGAGACAGAGACGGGAAUGAAAUCAAAGGAAGCAAGGAAGUACAUCUUCAGCUGUUUGGAUGACAUAGCGCACGUGAACUUGGUGAUGAAUUUGGAAGGUAGUGACUUGCUAGCGGAGAAGGCAGACCGCCGGGAGUUUGUGGGCCUGCUGAAGAAGAUGUUGUUGAUUGAUGCAGAGGAGAGGAUUGCCCCCGCCGAAGCUCUCAGCCACCCUUUUGUGACAAUGCAACACCUGCUCGAUUUUCCCCAUAGCAAUCAUGUUAAGUCAUGUUUCCACAUCAUGGAUGUUUGCUGGACUCGUCCCAGUGCAUAUGAGGCGGCCAACAGAAAUAAAGGUCCUUUUGUCAGACCUGUGACCACAACCGCUGCUGCCUCAGUCAACCACCCCUUCAGCAAGAUGACAGGUGUCCACGCUCAAGGGUUAGCCCCAUCAGCCCCCUCAGUGAUGCACCCUGGGAUAACACUGCAGACAGGAAGUGGUCAGUUUGGAUGCAACGACUCAUUUCAGCAGGCACUCAUUCUGUGUCCCCCAACCAUUCAAGGAAUCCCCACCAACACAGCUAAACCAGCAGGCUACUCUGUUCGAAUGGAGGCUUCUGUGCCUCUGGUCACUCAAGCACCCCCCAUCCAACCCAUACAAAUCAGACCCGGCGUCAUCACACAGGCCUGGUCCAACCGCGCACAGCAGAUCUUGGUGCCCACAUGGCAGCAGGUGACCUCAGUGCCCCCACCACCAACCACUUUGGCAUCUGACACUGUGGCGGGUUCACAGAGAUUGGGUGACUGGGGGAAAGUGCGUCCCCAUGGUAACCAUUACAGCUCCAUGAUUGCACAUCCUCAGCCAUUCUUAACCAACCAAAUGACCAUGUCCACCCACCAGCCAAUCAACAUAGGCAUUGCACAUGUGGUGUGGCCGCAGCCAACUGCCAACAAGAGAGCCAAGCCUUGUGUGAACAGGGGCAGCAACUUCUCCCAAAACACGAACAUCCAAAAUUUAGCAUGCCAGUCCCCAAAGAUGGCUGAUACAGCAAAGAAUGUGGAGGAGGUAGAGGAGGAGAAAGCCAGAUGCCCAGAGGAAGGGCACACUGUUGGACAGGAGCAAGGAACAGAGCAGGUGGAGGAGGAUGAGGAGGACUGCUGUAAAGUGGAGCCAGACUGUGAGGAGCUCUCAGUUUCACAGGAGCAGCGGCAGGCCAUGGUCAUCUCCGACCUAGCCAGCCCGACUGUCAGCGUCAUCAGUAUCAGCAGCGACGAGGAGGAGAGCGCACAAAGACACUCGAUGGGGGAAUGUAAGGGUAGUGCAGAUUGUGAGGCGUGUCAGAGCACUGUCAGUAUGGAGAGAGUCUGUUCCCUCAGCAGUCCAGACAGUACGCUCAGCACCAGCUCUUCAGCCUCAGCUCAGUCCAACACCUCACUCUGCAAACACCCCAACAGUAUGUCAGACGACGAACAGGAGAGCGGUUGUGACACAGUAGACAGCUCGCCCGCCUCAGAUGCCUCCGGCCAUAGCAACAGUCCCUUCGCAGAGCGGCGCUACAUAGCUGAUGGCAACCAGAACUGCGAGCCCCGUGUCGCGUGCGUUGCCCCGGAGACUGAGCCCGGCAAGCCAACAGUUCGUACUGUUGUGGUGCCUCCAAUGAGGGUGCAGAACAACAUCAACAACCCUGCUGUCAGUGAAACACCUGGCAACACAGUCUUGGAGUCGUCAUGCCAGUCCAAAGGGCGAGGCAUUCCUGGCCGACAACAUCACCACUCCACUCCCCUCCUCAACAGGCCGCAGAAGAUCACCCCUGCAUUCCAGCCCCAGCAGCAGCAGCCUAUAGGUUUUGGGCAGGUGCAGCAUUUUGGUUCCUGCCAUCAGGAAUGGAACGGCAACUUUGCCCACAGGAGGCCACAGGCCUAUAUCCCUCCCACCAUGCAUGGGCACACGUUCACCCUGUCCCACAGCAGCCCAAACCACACUACAGGCCCCCACCCCCACCUUGGGGGCCACCCGCACUCCCAGCCCACCUUACUGUCCUAUCCCCCUUCUGGUCCUCUAGUCACGGCUGCACCCGUGGCCCACCUCCUGGCUUCUCCUGGAGCCUCUCGCCCCGUCCUCCAACCCACCUACAGCAUCUCCCACCCGGCAGGCAUCGUGCAUCAGGUCACAGUGGGCAUCAACCCCCGGCUGCUGCCCUCUCCCACCCUGCACCCCCAGGGCCAAUUCAAGCCCCUCUUUCCCCCGCACUCCUACAUUGCCUCGCCCGCCUACGCCAGUUUCCCUCUCAGCCCUACCAAAAUAAACCAGUACCCUUACAUCUGAGCAUGGUUGCCCAGGUACCCUUCAUACCACCCGAGGGCUAAGUUAGCAGGGCGAAUUCUAUCUUAAACCACAAACAACAUGGUUUUCAUUUCCAAAACCAUGGCACAACCACAGAGAAAAAGCAAGCUAUUUUUUGAAUCAUGUAGACUUGGGUGUAAUUGAACUUCAAGCUUUAAAAUAAGAGUUCCAAUGGUGGAGAUGAUUUGGGCAAAAAUUAAGAAGGAAGUAAUGUAUGAAUGAUUGAAUGAAAGAAUGAAUGGGUAGUUAAACUCACACUUAAUGUGUUUUGCACAUUUGAUAUAUCUUUGCAUUGGAUCUUCUACGAAUACUCCUCAAAACAGGUAAAUAAUUGGGGUGGUGUUGAAUAGUUAGACUUUGCACCCCUGAUCCCAGCUAUUUUUCUAUAUUGCCUUCUUACGUGUGCAAGACACAUCCAUAUUUGUAAAGCCAUCCCAGUCUCUAGCUCUAGAUUGACAGAUGCACAUGUCGUCCACAGUGUAUGUCGUACUGCGUUUGAAGUAUUUGUACCUUUUUGGUGUCUUUUGGUGUUAGCAAUGUCAAGUCAAUUAACCGAUUUAAAUAGGGUUGUUCCUCACGCUGCAUGUGGUCUUGCAUGAGCAAAAAUGUAAACGGAAAGAUGCAUAGACGUUGCUCUUAUUGUUUGUGUCACAAGACUCGCUGCAUUGUAUAACUGUCCCCAGCCAUAGUGCCUUACAUAUUUGAGGUUGUUAAUGUUACUACUUAUAUAUGACUAUAUACAUGAAUAUUAAUGUACUGGACUGCAGCACUUGAAAUUCCAAUCAGUCGAUGCAUUCUAUGUGUGAGUAUAUAUAUGCACAUGUGUAUAUGUCCAUGCAUAGCCUGCAUGGAUGUGAUGUAUCGCGGAUAGCGGUGCUUAUUUUUUGGAGUCAGUGUAUAUUUCAGUGUGUAGUGAGUAACUUUUCUGUUCUUUCAAGAAGAACAGCAUGCUUUGCUGUUGCGAAUGCUUGCUGUCUCAUUACAAAAUGUUCGUUUUUUUUUCUUUUCUUUUUCGUUCUCCCUUUCCCGAAUGAACUAGUGUACAAAGUGCAAGUACUGAGUAUUGCUUAAUAUUUGAUAAUCACUUUCUAUUUAGUGAAACUCUUAUUACUAACAGUAUUUGUACUGUUUGAUGAAACUGCAAUACAAUCUAAAUAGUCGUUGAUUAUGUUUUUUCUUUUUCGUCUUCGUAUUUUCAUUUUGAGUGUUUUCACUUUGUUUCUUAGAUGUUUAGAAGUGUGGUGGGCAUGGCUUUGAUUAGGUAAGGAAAAAAUGCAAAUUAAUGGUAUGGAAUCUUCUAAGCCUGAGCAAACCAUGCAGUAUUUGAUAUACACACAUAUAUGGACAUAUAUUAUAGAGCUAGACUAUUUAGUACAGAUGCUUGAUAAGGUGUGAGUUAAUUGUGUGCAAUUCUCUCAUUUAUGCAUGUGUGACAAAGUUAACUUUUUCCCUUUACAUUAUACCAUUUGUUAAAGGCUUAAGGCUUAUCGGUGUCAACUGCUUAUUUUAUACAUUCCGUCAGGGAGGAUAUGUACAUAUAUAUAUGAUGGUAGCACCAGUCUAUAUAUAUAUGUAGAUAUGCUGUGUGUGCAUUUUUUUUCUGUUCAUUUUACUAGUUAUGUGUGUAUUUUUUUUUUUUUUUUGUCUUUAAUUUUCAAAUGAAGUUGCUUGUGCAGCACCAAAGACUGUAAUUCAUUUCCUGAGCAAGGUAGCUAUUCUGUUUGCAUAGACCUCAGUUAUACUGUAGUUGUAGAAUGGGGUUAAAUUAAAACAAACAAACAAAAAAAAUGUAUUUAAAAGCGGCUGAGGUUUUGUCUAGCUUAUUGGGCAAUUAAUAAGUCGUAUCAUUUCUUUCUUGAAUGUAUCAUAGAUAAGCUGCUAUAUGAUGAUUGCCACUUCGAUAGCUGUGAAAUUAGGUGAUUUCUCUGAGUUUAAACCUAGCGUUGCUAUUUUUGUAUAGGUCCCUAAUUAUCUGAAAUAGAAGUGGUUUUGAUUUUCGUGUUUUGCGUUCAUAUUUGGAGUGUCAUUGUAACUACUGUAUUGCUGAUGAUGAACAUUAGUUGCAUUUGUUGUUUCUCGGGGUGUGUGUUUUUUGCAUCAGUAUUUUAUCCUUAUUAACCUUUCGGGCUCAUCACUGCAUAUAAAUGAUGUAUCGAUGUAACUUAAUUUUUGUAUGUUUUCAUAUUGACGUUUUGUACACAUCUAAAGCUGUAGCUUGCAGGAUUGAUUUAACUUUUUCAUUGUACAUAUACGAUAUACUACCAGUACUCUUUAGUGUAUUACAGGAGCACUGUGAGAUGCCAGAAAAAAAAACAAACCCCAUUGUGUUCAUUGAAAAGCUUCUGUAAUGUUUCCACCAGUCACACACAAACACACUUGCCACUAAGCACUCAUACAGGUAGUUUAGGCUCGUAAGAGUUUGGGUGAUUAGACUGUGUGUCCAAAAAUAAAUUUAGCCCAAUGUUUCUGUUCCAAAAUAAUGUUUUACAACUUGUUUUACUGUUAAAUUGAUUUUAAGAAAUAUUUAUUGCAACCUUUUUAUCUGUUCAAUGUUAUAUCACUAGAAUAUCAGUUUCAUGAUUUGUUACUCUAAACUGCCUUGUGUUCGGAUCGCUCUCCCCUUUAUGAGUGUCUCAUAUCAAAAUGAUGUUUUGUCAAUGCAAAUCUGUGGCCAUUGUUAUGUGUUCCUUACUGAAAUUGAGACAGUGUGAGCAGCACUGUGUAUGUGCCUUGAGAUUCAGAAAGUGAGAAUUCAAGAUGGUGAUUCCUCGCCCCGCUUAUUUGAGGAGGAAGGCAUAGAGUCCAAGUACAGUCCGUUACCACGUAGACAGUCCUUUAACAGCCACUCAACCAAGAAGAAUAACAACAACAACAAAAAACACACAAAAUACGUAUUCAUCACAGUGUCAUUGCAGGGACUUGUACUCCUCUGAUCAGCUUGUAGACUUGACAGAGGAAAUGUACAUGGUGGUGGUUUCUCUCCUGUUACAGAUGGCCGCCACCAAAGCCCCUCUGUGAUAACACACCAAUAAAACACACAUACACACACACACACGUACUCUUUGAAUGAUAUGACACUCAACGAUCUUUGGAUAGUCACUCUGGCUGAACAGCAGAUGCAAUACUUUACAUUGUGCGGUCAUUGCACCACCAAGUGUUCUUAGAUAAUCUCCAUGCUUUACAUUACCUUGCAUGUACACCUAAGUUGCUUCACUUUGUCUGCCUAGAAGCUGUCUGCUCAGAGCAGCUUUUCCAUCGUGCAAGUUAAGGCUGAGCGGGAGUAAUCAGAGCACAGCUGGCAACACUGGCUUUUUAAAAUCAGAGGAGCCAUGCUUUAUAUCCUGGAAUAGUCUGUCUGGAUGUUUGUUAAUGUGUUCUGGGUGGAAACUGCUCUGUCACAGAGAUUAUUGUGGUUUCUCUGUCAGUCAUGAGUGCAAUACUCCACAUUUAAACACUGACACUGAUAAGGUUAUAUGUCUUUUGAUAGCUUUUUUUCCUUACUUGUAUGCUUUACUGAUCAUACUCAGAAAGAAAGCUUAUAACAACAUGGCAUGAACUUGGCAGAUUAGUGCUUGAAAUAGUUCCCCAGUAAUAAGCAUGUGAAAUGUAAUCUGUGUUUUGAUUCCUCCAAAGGUAUUCACCAGCAAUGCGCCUGCAUAAACUCUCCAAUACUUGUUUAGGAAAAGAAUGGAUGCAAGAGGAGAGAAAUCUUAAAACUGUUUUUAAUUUUUCACACAAUUGACACAUUGGUUUAUGGAUAACAUAUUUUUUUUUUUGAGGAUUCAUGUAACAUUUAACAGAUAAAACAGUCGUUUGUAAAAUUAUAUUAAAGUUAUGACUUUGAUAUCAGAAAAAAAAAACCUCUGCUGCGGUAUUAUCCUUUAGAGAUGUUAAUUCAGGGUCUGUAUUAGUCUAAAUGUGCUACUGUGUUACUCUUUGAUUUGAUUUAAUGAGGUUUGCUUUACUCAAGCUCUUAUUUUCGGUUUUCUGGUCAUCUAUCAAUUUCAGAGUUAAUUCACACUGCAAGUUAUGGAAUCAUCUGUUUAGAUUGCUCAUCAAAUAGACUUGAUUAUGAAAUCUGAACUGUUACUGUUUUAAUACCUGUAGAUUAUUUUGUGGCUUUUUUUUUUCAUUUUUGUUUCAUUUGCUUUUUUAUUUUGUGCUACACUAGUUUGCCAUGUAGCAAUUGCACUGUGCAAUAUUUACAGUAUGAGGACUGGGAAAACUAACUUUAUGGAUGUGAUGUCUCUUUACAGUUUGCGAUAGUGUUUCCUCUCUAGUUCUCAGUGAUUUAGGUGUGACCAAGCCUUCUCUACUUUGUCACAUUAAGCGGGUUUUCCAGGUGACUCUUUUGGUGAGUGUCAAAAUAAGACUUUAUGGUGUAUUAUUGUUAAGAUUCACUUUGAAUUAAAAAAAAUCUAUU